GCCUGAUAUCCCAAGGGCAAGGUAUGUACCCAGCUGGGGUCGUGAGGGUGCUGCCCGUGCUCUUUCCUUUUCCCAUUUCAGUUGCCAACCGCCCAGGCCCCAGGGGCUCCAGGCCUCUUGCUCUCCUUGCCCAACAAAAGCUUCGUCUGCGAUCAUUCGGCCUCGACUCACCGCUCCGUAGGAGUGGAACGGUCACAGAAGGAGCUGAUCGGCAACGAGGCCAGUCGGGCUUGCGUUUCUCGAUUCGUCGGCCCAAUACGGAUACCUCCCGUCCAUUCCUUUUGGUUUCGCUGUCGACCUUGCUCGUCUCCUGCUGGGAAGGGGUCACGGGCCCGCCAUUCUCUUCGUCCGACGUUGUCCACCAUCGCGUGGCUUCUUAUUGAUUGAGACAUUCAAUCACACGUUGUGUGU